AGAGAGAGAGAGAGAGAGAGAGAGAGAGGUGCAGAAAAAGAAGCAGUGAAAGUGAUGGAAGACGAAGACGAAGACGAAGACAUCGUUUGGAACGACGAGCUUUUUGAAUCCAUGCUAAAGUGUGGUUACGAUGAGCUCGCUAAACAGAAUGCCGACAAGGUGGAAACUUUUGAUGCAUUCCUGUCCCUUGCUAUUGCCCCUGCCUCCGCUGUUCCAGAUCUUAGAGAUCAUUAUGAUUGUAUGGCUGUUAGCAUAAAAUCAAAACUAUUGCCAUUUCAGCAAGAGGGUGUUAGGUUUGUAUUGCAGCAUGGGGGGCGCGUCCUCCUGGCUGAUGAUAUGGGCCUAGGGAAGAGUGUUCAGGUUAUUGUUGUAGCCUCUUGUGUUUGUGACUCAUGGCCUGUUCUUGUUCUUAGUCCAUCUUCAUUACGGCUUCAAUGGGCUUCUUGGCUAGGCAUCGACUCGUCAAAAAUACAUGUGGUUUUGUGCAAUUACAAACAAACAUGGGUUCACAAUAACAUGGGGCUUGAAGCCGCUCUUAAGCAUUUAAGUUUUAAGGUUGUGAUUGCAAAUAAGUCACACUUCUUGAAGAAUGCCCGAGCAUAACAAACUACUGCAUCUCUUCCUAUAUUUUACAGGUCUCUCUCUCUCUCUCUGUGUGUGUGUGUGUGAUGUCUUUGUUAGUUUCUUAAUUGCAGACAGCUCGAUACACAAUGCUGCUUAGUGGGACUCCAACUUUUUCUCGACCAAUAGAGCUAUUUACACAGGUCAUAAUUAAUUCUUUUUAGACUCCAUAUUUUGGUUAAUCCCCAAUGAAUUUGUAUCUCUUCUCUAAAUUAAAACAUUUACAUGUUUUGACAGCUUGUUAGUUGAGGUAUUCUGACUUUAAGGCAUCUUUCUUCUAUGUAUGUUUGUUCCUUCAUUUUUAAUUGGGAAAUUGUCAUGCUUUAUUGAAAUUGGAGUGAUUAUUGUCACUCAUUCUUAACUUGUUUUCAUCACACAGUUGAAGGUAAUUGGCAACAAAAUGACGGCCAACGAGUCCGAGGAGGAAGCCGGUAUGCAUAUGCCUAACCUUAAGGAUACCCAGAAAAAGGUGCACAUGUAAGAUGCAACAACCUUUUAAGCUAUUUUCAGUUAACCAUAUAUUCUCGAACAAGAAAGAGCUCUCCUUUAAAAGAUACUUGACUAUUUUACCCCUAACCAACUAGCUUACAUAAAAGUUUUAUAUAAGCUAGUUGGUUAGGGGUAUAAUAGUCAAGUAUAUUUUAAAGGAGAACUAUUCCUUGUUCGAGAAUAUAUGGUUAACUAAAAAUAGUUUAAAAGGUUGUUGCAUCUUGCAUGUGAACCUUUUUCUAGGUAUCCAUAAGGUUAGACAUAUGCAUAUUGGCUUCCUCCUCGUACUCGUUGGCCGUUAUUUUGUUGCCAAUUACCUCCAACUGUGUGAUUAAAACAAGUUAAGAAUGAGUGACAAUAAUCACUCCAAUUUCAAUAAAGCAUGACAAUUUCCCAAUUGAAAAUGAAGGAACAAACAUACAUAGAAGAAAGAUGUCUUACAGUUAGAAUACCUCAACUAAUAAAGCUUUGAUUGGUGUCAUGUCCUUGUCUGUCAAGUCCAGCAAUACCUGGGGACAAGAAAAAACAACAAAAAAAGAUGACCACUAGAUGAUAAACACGGAGCAUAUUAUCAAAAAAUGAAACUAUAUAUAUAUAUAUAUAUAUAUAUAUAUACACUAGUCGUUACCCGCGCAAAGCAGCGGGCGACGAAUAGUUGCAUACCCGACCGAUGCAGCCGCUAAGAAUAAUUUUUUCGGCGUGUUAUUUUUUUGUAUCCGUGAUUAUGUUCUUUUAGGCACAUUGUUUUGUUUCGGAGAUUACGUUCUUUUAUCCGAUUAUGUUCUUCUGGUGCAUUGUUUUGUCUUAACAAUAAUAAAUGAAAUGUUAUUUUACUACAUUGGUCCAUAUAGAUUUGACAUGAUUUUGAAUUUAAAUGUACCCAGAUAUUUCAACGACCAUAAAUUAAUCAUUCUCUAUAACCAUAAAUUAAUCAUUCUCUAUAACCCCAGGACUCAUUGAAAGUCCAGAUUGUCCCCUCCCAACUGCAUACACAAAAGGCAUCAGCAGUAAAAUAAAAUAAAAUAAAAAACAAUCUAGUAGAAAGAAAAAAUGGAAAAAAUAUAUAACUUUGAGUCGACAUAGCAAACAUUUGUAAGACUCUAAUUGUGCUUCCUUGGGAAAAAAAUUAAUAAAUUUUUAAAAAAUGUCAGAAUCCAGAUAUAGAUGAAAACUAACAAUAUUUAAGUGAAAUCAAUAAGAAUUAAAGCAAAUUGAAAACUGUUGUGACCAGAAAGCUUGCAAAGACAAAUGGAAUAUCAGGAAGCCACCAUAGUUCCAAUAAAUGGUCUGAAGUUUUCCUAACUGCAGCUAGAGGUGCACAAACCGGUUUUUUUUUUCCAAACCGGUUUGGGUCAGGUCAACAAAGUUAACACCCGUUCAAGCCUAAACCGGUUCGUCAAUAAAAAUAUGCGAAUUUUGCAAACCGGUUCCAUUAGAUUCCAAACCGGUUCAUAUGAAACCGAUUCGAAAAAAAACCACCUAUAUGAAAUAUGGUUUGAAGCAGGAAGAGUUUGACAGUAAGCAAUAAGUUGUCUCCAUGCAUUUCACGUAAAAAAAAAACUCCGUCUCUUCUGUUAAUGUUAAGCCAAAUUCCAACACAAUUGCAAUACCAACAUUGUAAGAACAGAACAUCAUAUUAUGAGAUACCAAAGAAAGAGAAGGCAAGGUUUCUUUUUGAAACAAUUGCUCCUUUCUUGUUGGUUCAGGUGCACCAAAGAAGGAGAUAAAAUUGUGCAGGGGUAAAAUGGUCAACUAUGGUUUGUGCAGGAAUUUCACAUGGACAGUAUAAAGUUGUCCCCUUCUUUAAGCAUGCUUUGCCUUCUAGAAACAAUUGCUCCAUCCUUUAAGCAUGCUUUGCUUUUGUUGCCUCG